UUCUACCAAAAACCCCUGCAAUCCCCCUUCUUCUUCCAUUCUUCGUACCAAAAACCCUAAAACUCUCUGUAAAAAAUGGGUAGCAGUCAAGCAGUACUAUCACUUCUGAGAAACGUCGCAGGAGCCGCAUUCGGAAUCGGCGUCGGCGCAACGGCUCUCAGCUCCUCCCUGUACACCGUUGACGGCGGCCAACGCGCCGUACUCUUCGACCGAUUUCGAGGAGUCAUCGACGAAACAGUGGGUGAAGGAACUCAUUUUUUGAUCCCAUGGCUUCAAAAACCUUUCAUCUUCGAUAUUCGCACGAAGCCUCAUACAUUCUCCUCCUUCUCCGGUACAAAAGAUCUCCAGAUGGUCCAUCUUACCCUCCGUGUUCUCUCUCGCCCUCAAGUUUCUCGUCUUCCUGACAUUUUCAAAACUCUAGGUCUCGAGUAUGAUGAGAAGGUCCUUCCUUCCAUCGGCAAUGAAGUUCUCAAAGCUGUCGUCGCACAAUUCAAUGCGGAUCAGCUUCUCACAGAGCGUCCACAGGUGUCUGCAUUGGUUCGUGAGAGUUUGAUUCGUCGUGCAAAGGAUUUCAACAUUGAGCUUGAUGAUGUGGCGAUAACCCAUUUAUCAUAUGGUGCUGAAUUUUCUAAAGCUGUGGAGCAGAAGCAGGUUGCCCAGCAGGAGGCAGAGCGGUCCAAGUUUGUCGUGAUGAAGGCUGAACAAGAACGGAGGGCGGCUAUUAUUAGGGCUGAAGGAGAGAGUGAGUCUGCUAAGUUGAUUUCUGAUGCAACUGCAGCUGCUGGAAUGGGUUUGAUUGAGCUGAGGAGGAUUGAGGCUUCGAGGGAGGUUGCUUCGACCUUAGCUAAGACUCCCAAUGUGGCUUACUUGCCCAAACAGAACAUGCUACUGGGACUGAAUGCAGCACGUUGAUUAGGGUUGAUAUCACGUUGGUGCUCUUUUGGAUUGUAUUUCUUCAAUUUAAGAUACGUUGUGAAAGAGAUACAUGCUCUCUGCUGCUGGAGAGAAUUUACUUGCUUUAGGACAUGAUGAUACCUUUCAUGGAAGAGAGUCUAUUUGGAUCACUCUAUUAGGAUUAAGCCUGUAAAUUACACGUCACAGACUUCUCCCAAACCCUCUUGGCAGUUGAACGUGGUUUGCUUAAUGAAACAUAUUAUCACUACUCAUGCGUGGCUUUCAUGUAAUGUUGCAAAUCUAUUAGAGUAGUAUACAAUUUGCGUUCAUCGCCUUCUUUUUUGUUUUGUUGAUAAGGCGAGUAAAGUUUGCAUUUCAAUGCUUGA